AUGUUCAAUCUUUUUUUAGCGAUUUCCCCAGAGAUAUUUAUCAUUAAUGCAACCUCCAUUUUUCUCAUUCAUGGAGUUGUAUUUAGUACCUCUAAGAAAUAUGAUUAUCCACCGUUAGUCAGUAAUGUGGGUUGGCUUGGAUUACUUAGUGUUUCGCGCCUAGGAGGGCAACGCACUUUGGGAUGCGGAGGAGCGAAGCAGCUCGAACGAAUGAAUGUGAGAGGAGCGAAAAAACCCCAGCUCCCUAACCUAAUGCGGCACCAGGUUCAGACCGCAGGGAACCGUAGUAUGGGAGGAUGUCUAAUCCUUUUGCAGCCGCAAGGCUGGCUAAUCGUACGUAGCUGGCUCGAAUACCUCUGGUUCUGGAAGGCACAUGAGUCUGAACGCUAUGUUGAAUGUGCGACCGACACUACACUACGUAGGGAUCGGGAGGGCAUAGCACAAUUCUUCUUGGAGGAGGGUUGGUUUGCUCGGGUGACUGAUCCUGCCAUAAUGUACUCCUACCUACACGCACCGGAAACUGAAGUCGAGCAUACAUACGACGAUCUUCAUGCAUGA